GCCGACGGCCGGGCGGUCGCCGACGUUCGCCCGUCAGUCGACGGCCGACUCUGGACGGUGGAGCAGCCCGACGGUCGACGUUCCAGCCCCGCCAGACCGCCCGACGCCGUCGACUCGCCCAGUCGGCUGUCCAACUUUACUUCGACUGCCAGCACCAAGGACUCCCGAACAGGACACCGCCACAGAUCACUGAAGCUUCAGUUGGAAGAACGGGGAAGAGAAGGCAGCAGAAUGGCGUCGGCGAGGCUUGGAUUGGUGUCGGUGGCGCUCAUGGUCGUUCUCGCAGUGGUCGCAUCAGCUCGGAGGGUUCAGGACCGCCAGUUUCUGCCGGCCCGGCCAGCCAACACUUGCCUCCUCAGCAGGAUCACCUACAACUCGGGAGAAAUGAUUGAGCGCAACAAUCCGUGCGACUUUUGCUUCUGCUACAAGGGCGAGGUGCUGUGCUGGAAGAAGCAGUGUCCGCCGCCGCCACCCAGCGAGGAGCGCUGCUCGCCCAAAUAUGUCGAGAAGGAGUGCUGUCCACGCUACAUGUGCGAAAAUAUAAACGAGAGCAUCAACUUCAUCUAGCUGCACAGUGCACAUACAUCGAGCGACCUCGUCGCUGGCGGAAUCUUGGACUUAACGCUGAUCGGCUAUCAGUUUCCAUCCUCAUUCGUCAUUCAUAAUCAUGUGAAGUGAACUUAUGUACCAUUUUGCUAGGGUUUCCUGCUGCGAACAGGGGAGGGAUGUCGUUGGUGUCGCUAGCGAAAUGGUGUGAUCUUUGUUACGAGGGGCAAUGUUGGCAUGGCAGUGCUAUUAUGUGAUCGGUUGAGAAAGACGUCACGAUUGAGAAAGUGUGGCUUUGGAACGAGGUGUGGCAGCAACCUUUAGUGUGAAACGUUAGCGCUGGAGUAUUUUUGGUCUCAGCUCGUGUACACUAGAAGCAGUUACGCUUACGAAUACAUUUCAGCAGGUCUAGACGUUCUAAGGCCUAUUUGACUCUAGCUACUAACUUUAAACGUGAUGUGGUAUGGUAUGUCUCGCGUCUUUUUUCACCUAAAACAUAAAGUUGCGGUGCCGAAUGCCGAUGGAUAGAAUUCAUGUCACUUCAUGACCACUUGUCCUAAGCUGUGUGUAAUAUUUGCUUCACGUUUCUUUAAAUGUGAGUGAUGUGACACCAUCUUUUCCAAAAUAAAUUAUGUACACUUUCUGA